GGCGGAAGUAAACACACACAAAGCAGCAGCCGCGCGGCGCUCGUGCUCUGCUCUUCUUCUUCUACGGUGAAAAUGUCGCGAGCGCACGCGCUCCGGGAGCUCGUGGAGCGGCGGCUGAGCGCGGCGCUGCGGGACGUCCUGGACGUUUUUGAGAAAACUGUCGCAAAGUACGAAGAGGAGGCGGCGCUGUCCCGGGACGUGAUCUCCCGCCAGCGCGCGCUGCUGUGCGCGCUGCAGGGGCCGCGCGCGGCAGGUGGCGUCUCGCAGCUCCCGCUCAGUAAGGAGGACAGCGGGCUGGAGGAGGCGGAGCCACCGCGCAUUAAAGAGGAACAGGGGGAGAUCUGGACCAAUCAGGAGGCAGAGCAGCCGGGCAGGGAUGAGCAGUGGGCGGCGCCGAACCUGCAGGGGGCGCCAUCUGUCCCCGGGCCGCCAGCAGAGGCCGGUGGACAGGAAGCGGCUGCUGCCGGCCGCCUCCCCUCCUCUGAGCCCGACACCGAGGACAGCGACGACUACGGCUCAGCGCCGCCGCCGCCGGCUGCGACCGCGGCGACACGGCAGGGGAGCCGUGAAGAGGGCGGACAGAGCCUCACCUGCAGGGUGUGUGGGCGGAGCUUCCGGGCGACACACCUCCUGAUGAGUCACGUCAGCGUUCACCUGGACGAGCCGGAGAGCGUCUGCGGCCUGUGCGGCAAACGCCUGGCCGCCGCCGCCGCCCUGAGGCUCCACCUGCAGACGCACAGCCGGAGCCGGCGGCGGUGCGACGUGUGUGGGCGGGACUUCUCGUCGCGGCAGGGCCUGCGGGACCACAUGAGGACGCACACGGGCGAGCGGCCCUUCAGCUGCCACGUCUGCUGCAAGCGCUUCAACCAGCGCGCUCACCUGCGCACGCACGUCAAGCUGCACACGGGCGAGAAGCCGUACAGGUGCGGCGCGUGCGGCAAGGCCUUCAUCCAGCUGUCCAAUCAGAGGAGGCACAAGUGCUGCGCGUGACGCCGCCGCCUUUAAGAACAAACACACUCUCUGGGAAGCUUCUGCUUUUUCUGAGUUUCUAGGAGUUUGUUUUUUCACUUGAAUUUCUGUUUUGUUUUGUUUUUUGUUUUUUUGUUUUUUGAAUAACCUGAAUUUUUUUCUCUUCAACAUUUCAGGUUAUUUUUGACAGUUUUUAAUCUAAUUUUCUGUUGGACUUACAUUCACAUAUAUAUGUGUAUAUAUAUAUAUAUGUGUGUGUGUGUGUGUGUGUGUAUAGCCUAUGUGUGUGUGUGUGUAUGUUUAUCUCUAAAUAUAUCUUUUUUGUAAUUUUCUGGGUUUUUCAUUUCAGAUUUUUUAAAUUGCAUUGUGUUUUUCUGUCAUUUUUAUGUUUUGAUGCUCUUAUUUUUAAUAUAAUGUUGUUAAUUAAACAUUUUUGUAAAUCAAAGGGAGGUUUGUGUUUUCGUUUCUGUAAAUUUUGUCACUGAUUUUCAAACCUAUCAACGUGUCCUGGAUUACUACUACUACUAAUAAUAACAUGAUCAGUAUAGCUAUCUGACCUGACAAAUCAAUACUGGUCGAUCACUCCUCUAAAGUCAGUGGGGUUUUGUUCGCUGUCAUUUGAAACUGGUUGGUUUUAAUAAAUUUUUGGGGAGAAAAGCUGC